GUCAGUGCAUCCUUAAAAAAUAUAUAACGCAUGGAAGGGAGACCACUCUGUCAUCAUAACAAAAGAACUGGAACGAUGAGUGGCAACAAACUGGUAGCCGUGGUAACCGGUGCCAACAAAGGUGUGGGUUUCGGAGUAGUACGCGGGCUGUGUAAACAGUUCAACGGUGAUGUCUACUUAACUGCUAGAAAUGAGGAACUUGGUCUGAAAGCAGUUGAGGAACUGAAAAAAGAAGGUUUGUCCCCAAAAUUCCACGUUCUGGACCUGACAAAGCCAGACACAAUCAUUAAACUGAAGACAUUUCUACAGGAGACGUACGGAGGUCUGGAUGUUCUGGUAAACAAUGCUGGCAUGGCCUAUAAGGUUUCAUCUAAGGCUCCUUUUGGAGAGCAGGCGGAGGUGACCAUGCAAACAAAUUUUACAGGAACCCUUGAUGUGUGUGAAGCAUUAUUUCCAUUACUUCGACCACAUGCAAGAGUUGCCAAUGUCUCUAGUUUGGUUUCAAUAAGUGCAGUGAAAAAAUGCAGUGAAACUUUGAGAAAGAAAUUAGUAAAUCCAAACUUGUCUAUGGGCGAACUCAAAGAUCUUAUGCAGAAAUUUGUGGACGCGGCCAAAAAGGAUGCCCACCAGAAGGAAGGCUGGCCAAACACUGCCUAUGGAGUGUCCAAGAUAGGUGUGACCGCCAUGUCCCUUAUCCAACAACGCGAGCUCCUAAAGGACAGCAGUAGGCAGGACAUCAUAGUCAAUGCAUGUUGUCCGGGCUAUGUGAAUACUGACAUGAGCUCACACAAAGGACCUAAAACUAUCGACCAAGGUGCCGACACCCCAGUCUACCUGGCAAUGCUGCCUCCAAACACACUCAGUCCAAAGGGUAAUUAUGUCUCCGACAGGAAGAUUGGCAAGUGGGAAUGAAAAUCUACCAGGAAUUGACAUUCAUGUUUAGAACAUGUUCAUUGAAUUGUGUUAAAUCUGAACUUGAUGACAUUUGGCAGAAAAUGUUUUUUAUUAUUAUUUCUUGGUGAAAUUGUUACUCAAACAAGAUCGGUGGAUGAAAAAGAAUAUAAAAGUUCCUUGAUCUUUACUACGUUUUCCUUAAGUUCUGUUAUUUUAAGCAGUUUAUGUUUCCCACAAACAGAUUAUAUAACAUUAAUUAAACAUGUAAACCUUUUGGAAAGCGAUAUUUAAGGUUGUCCUUCCAUAUAACUUGAUUUUGUAGAUACAUAUAUAUGUUUUUCUAUCAUUUAUUUUUACUUUUGUUGUAUCAAUUCAUAUACGUAUAAGUAUAGAUUUUGUUUAAACUAUGAGAUUGUGUUUUUUGCAUUUAGGAGGAUUGAAAUAAAGGAUUUUUUGUAA